AUGAAUUAGAAAAUGAGUUUUUCAAGAAUAUUGAUCACUUUAAUCAGCAUAUUUUCACUGAAUUAUUAAUUUUUUUGCAAUAAAUGUCCUGCGCUAUAGAUGAUCAACAAUCCAAAAAAUACUGAAGGAUACACUGUUUACAGUUUCCUUAGGAUUCCAAAGACUAACAUUUUAGUCAUUAACACAAGCUAAUAUUAUAGUCAAUAUAAUAUAAUUUAUUACUAUGAUAUGUCGUCUGGAUAAGGAGAAGUUAUCAAUAUCGUAACACCCGAUUUUUAAAUAUUGAACAUGGAAUACAAUUAACUUACAGAUUAAUUUGUGAUAUCAAAUAAAUAAAAUCUUAUUUUUGCAGAAUUAUAUACAUUUAAAAUGAUAUAUUCUAUUUCAAUUAAUUCUAUCUCAUCUUUAAAGAUUAUUAAAGAUACUAACCUUAUUAUUUUGACUAAUAACUAUAAUAUCUUGCAAAUUUUUGAUUUUUAGAAAUACCAAAUAGUGCUAGUUAUGGAUAAUACUCAAUCUCUUCAAACAUUUCCUGAUAAUUCUCCUCUUUAUUAAUAUUAUUCUGAUAUUUAUAAGCUAUCUUCUGGAGAUUUUAUAAUAGUUACAGUUAAUGACAUGGGAGUUAUUACUUGGUCAAUAGAUCUGCUAAAUUUAACUUAUAAAUUUAAUGGCUAUAUUCCAGAUUCUCAAGUAUAAUAAGGUGAGGAUACUAAGUAUUUUACUAAACAUCUAACACUAGAUAUAUUAUUUAUUGUUGGUUAGUAUUUUCAAGUUCAGGUUGUCAAAAUUUAAGAUAUUAAAAAUGGUCAAUAUUUAACUGUUUAUAAAGAUUAUAUUUAUCAUUUUACAGAGCAAAUAUUUAACAUUUUGUAUGAUGAGAUCAUUAUUAAUGGUAGUAUAGAACCUAUAAUAUUGGUUAGCACAAAUCAAUAUUUAGCAUAAGCUUAGGUGCAUUUUAAUGAAGAUUUUACUAAAAUGGAAGUUGUAAAGACUUCUUUUACAUGGUUUACAAUUUAUUAUAAAUGGUAUAAAAUAGAAGAAAGUCCAAUUUUAUUUAUGUCUUCAUUGACUUACAUAACCAUAUUCAACUAUGAAAACUUUAAUUUCCAUUAUUAUAUUUAUUUUGGUGGUGAUACAAAAAGCAGAAGGUUUAUAAGAUAAAAUGGAGUAGAUCCAGAUUUAUUUAUAAUUAUAUCUCAAAAUUAGAUUAGUAUAAAUGAGAGAGGUAACUUUGGCUAAUUCUCUAAAUAUGGAAAACCUCCUCUCUCAGGAAAUAUAAGGCAAUCAUAUUGUAGUUUCUUUUAAGUUAAAAACAUUUUUGAUUGGUAUUUGAUUAAAAGCGGUGAUGACGGAAGCAAUAGUCUAGUCUUUACUGUACCCAUUUUCCCUCUUAGUUAAUCUAAUACAUAAAUUGAUAUUACUACUUCAUUUGGAUUAUAUUGGAUAGAUAUUAAUUUUAAUUUAGAUCCUUUCUAUUUAUUUGAUAAAAUCUUAGUAGCUUUAGCUUUCAACUAAUAGGGCUUAAAACGACUCAUUAUCGCUUGUGAUUCCAAUAAAGUUUACUCUCUUGAUUUUGUCACAAGAGAUUAUCAAUAUCUAACUUAAUUAAGCUACACAACAUUAGCUUUAAGAGCAUUUUCAAGUCCAUAAUUGAUAGCAAUUGGUGAAUAUGACUCAGGAGCAAUUUAAUUAUGGAAAUAUAAUCAAAUCACAUCAAAAUUUGAAUCCUUCCUGUCUUUUAAAUUGGAAAUUUUAUAAGAUGCUUUAAUUUAUUUUGAUAUGUCCAACGAUUAUACUUUAUGGAUAUAGUAUGCUAAUGUAAAUAUUUUUUACUCUAUUAAGGAUUGUCUCACUGAUUAUUCUCUUUGCUAACAAUGUACAUAAUAAUACUACUUCAACACUACUAAUUCAUAUGAUAAAAAUUCUGUCUAUGGAGUAGGUACUUCUGAAUAGCCUUUUACGAGUUCUUAUAAUUUUAUUUCAGCUAUAAUUAAAGCAUAAUUUUACAAGUUAAUUGUUAGUGGAGUAUUUGAUAUGAGUGUAUCUAUAUUUAUAACUCCUGAUAAUUAACUAAAUCUAAACCCAAGUAUUAUGAACUUUGGCUUUAAUAGUAUUAUUUCUUUAGGCUUUAAUAGUACUGAAAAGGGUACCUAUGCAAGUAUUGGAUAUUAAAAUACUUUAUAAUUUGAUAAUUUUAACAGGAUUAGCUUUUAAGAUAUUAAAAUUAAUUUUAGUUUUACUCAAGCGAAUAAUAAUUGUGGUAUUCUCUUUUAAAAUGUAUUAUUAGGAGCAUUCAUAAAUAAUAUUUAACUUUAUAAUAUAAAUCAAAAUUUAUUUCCUAAAAGUUGCUAGUCUAUUUAAGCUAUCUCAACAUAAUUGAAUAUAGGAAAGUAUAUCAUUUAAAAUGAAGAUUUUUCAAAUCAUUUAUAAGUAAUUACUCAGUUUAAUUCAAGUCAAAUUUUUAUCUCAAACUUUUAUUUGAUAAAUUGCACAUUAGGUCCAUAAUUCAGUAUAUUUUAACAGUAAACUGAUAUAAAAGCCUCUUUAACCAAUAUUGUAUUAUCAUAAAACAAAUGCUUUAAUCAGACAAAUUAAUUCAGUAGUAAUGACACUAUUGAUCGAGCUUAAUACUUUGAAACUAGCAAAAUAGCUUCUAUUAAUUCAUAUAAUGUGACUAUGAAGAACUAAUUAGAUGUUAAGUUUGGAUUGAUUCAAAUAUCAAAUGUUGUAAAUAUUACUUUAUUUGAGUGUUUUUGUGAUGAUAGUUUUUACAACAAUUAUUAAAAUGUUGCAAUAAAUGGCUGCUUAUCUCUUAACGAAAUAGCAUCUACAAUAAUUAAUAAUGCUAAAUUUUAUAAGAAAAGGCUAAAAGAUAGCAGUUUAUUAUCACUUGAAAAUAAAUCAAUUCUAUUAGCAACCAUAAGUAUUAUAAAUAGUUCAUUUUAUGAUUUGGUUCUGUUUUAAACAAAUGAGAACACUUAAACUAUGCCUGUAUAUUUAGUGAGCAAUUAAAAUCUAUAAGUUUCAAUUGAUAAAUGCCUUUUUUAAAAUUUAAACCUGCAAAGCAUACAAUUUACUUAAACUUAUUCAGUAACAGGAUUAUGGAUUUUAGAUUAUGCAGGUUCUGUAUAAAUUUCAAAUUCGUAAUUUAAAGAUUCAUACAGUAAUUCAUAAUAUGGAUUUGGUUAUAUUCAAGUCAGCUAACUUUCACUUGAUACGGUUGUAUUUAAUAACUCUUCAUUUGUAGAAGAUGAAUCACUAUCAUUGUACAAUUAGUAUGGUGGAAUGCUUAACGUUAGAGCAGAUAGAGUAAAUUUGCUUAAUUGCAAUUUUAGUAAUUCUACAGCCUAAAAAGGUUCUUUUCUCUACAUGGUUUCUUCUAACGAAACAUUUAACCUUUUAUUCACAAAUAUUUCUUUCAGUUAUGGAUUUGCAUUAUUGGAUGGAGGUGCUAUAUUCAUUGAUACUAAUGGUUAUUAUAUAAAUUAUAAAUGUGAGAACUGCUAAUUUAGUAAUUUAUACAUUUAAUAGCCUCAGGCUUCAAUAAUUGGAAUUCAGUAAAACUCAAAUAAUUAAGAAAAUGAUAAAAACUUUGUAAUUUUUGAUGAAGGAUAUAUUAACAAUACCAUAGGGAUACAAGAAAAUUAUUUCAUAACACUUUCUUAUGCUUAUAUCUAUUUUAAUAAUAUAAAUUAAAGUUAUUAUAAUAUAACUUUAAAGUCAAGAGCUUUGAGAUAAUUUUUAAGUUUAAAAGAUUAAUAGUAAUCUACCUUGAUAAACAUAAUUAAUUCAUAAGCAUCACUUACAAAAUGCAGUAUUUCUAAUUUAAAAAUUAAAAAUAAAUAAUCUUAGGUCCCUCUUCUUAUUCAAUCUUAAGAUUCAAUUAUUAAUCUAAUCAAUUCAUAAAUAUAAAGAUGUUAAUUUGUAAGAAGUGUUAUUAAUUUAGUUGGAGGAUAACUAUUUAUAGAUAAUACUAUAUUUUAAAAUGUUUUUUAUUUUUUUUCUGGGAGAAUUUUAUUUGAUCUUAAUGAGAAAAAUCUAAUUACCUAGUCUAAUUCGUUAAUUAUAACAAAUAAUACAUCUAUUUAAAUAUUAAACAAUUCCAAGUUUGAGUAACUAAAUUGUGACUCUUGCAAUGGGGCUGCUCUUUAAGUUAUUAAUGGUAAUAUUAACAUUUAAGAUUCAAUCUUUAAUCAAACCAAUGCUUAAUAAGGAGGUGCAAUAUUUAUAACAGGAUUGGUAGGGAAUAAUUACAUAAGAAAAACUAUUUUUGUUGAAGGUUAAUCUUAGUAUAAUGGGGGUUCAUUAUAUUUUCAAUAAUAGCAAUAAUAAAAUCCAUUUAGUCUAGAUAUUAGUGAAUGCUAAUAUUUGAAUAAUACAUCGAUAGAUGGUAAGGGAGGAUCUCUAUAUAUUUCUUCUAAUAGUUUAAAUCCUUUAAAUAUGAGUAUUAGUGUUUAUUUUACUGAUUUUACUAAUAAUCUAGCAUAAAUUGGAGGAGCUAUUUACAAUUAAAAUAUUUCUAUUUAAGUUUAAAAUUCAUAAUUUAUCUAAAAUUAUGCCAAAAUAUUUGGUUCAAAUAGCAUUUCUUACCCAACAAAACUUCUCUUAGUUAAUAUUGAAUAGUUUUUGAGCAAAUACAAUGGAACUAUUACAAAUAACUAAAUAAUUAUAUAGAAUUUUAGAAGUGGACAUUUUUUUGAAGAUAUUUAAUUCUAAAUGAUAAAUGACUUCGGUGAAGUAAUCAUUCCAGUUAGUUAUGAAGAAAAGCAAUCUUAUAGAGUUUAGGUCAGGAUAAACCAAAAAACUAAAAAUUAUGAAAAUUACUAAAUAACAGGAGAAUUAGACACUUCUUUUAAUAGAUAAUCACAAUUAUACACUUUUUCAAAAUUAUAUUUAGUUGGAACUCCUAACUCCUCAGUUAUUUUAUAGUUUUAUUCUAAUCAGAUAUUUAAUUUAGAGGAUUAAACUAAUUAAUAUAUAUAAAUAUAUUCAUAUGAUAUAAUAGUGAAUUUUAGAGAAUGUAUUUCAGGAGAAUAAAUAAAAUAAUAUAACUCUCUUACUUAGUGUGAUAUUUGCAAAAAAGGUCAAUAUUCCUUGAAUAUUCAAUAAUGUUAAGACUGUCCAAUAGGUGCUGAGUGUUUAGGUGGAAAUAAAAUAGAAAUAAAGGAAGGCUUUUGGAGAAGAUCUUAAGAAAUUGAUUUGAUUUUAUCUUGCGAAAAUCAAAAGUCUAAUUGCAUUGGUGGUUUUUUCGGAAAUCAAAUUUGCUAGGAAGGAUAUAUAGGAGCUUUAUGUGAAGAAUGUGAUAUAAAUGGUGAUUAUUGGGGCGAAAGUUAUUCUUAAAAUUCUAAAUAUUCUUGCUAAAAAUGCAGUAAAGUUAAAUAUAACAUAUGGCUUUUAGCUCUUAUAACUCUAUGGACAUUACUUUCAAUGAAUAUAGCAAUUAAAGAGAAUAUAAACAAUUUAAAAGUUGAAAAUGCUUUGUUAUAAAAAACAAUAAAUAAAUAAAGAAAUAAAUUAAAAUUAGCUAAAUUGUUUGAAACUAAAUAAAGUACGAUGAAGACUUUUUCUAAUACUAAAAUUAGUAAUCCUGUAAAUAUUCUUUAAAAAUAAAAAAAAAUUAAAAUGGAAAAAUAAAGAAAUAAAAAUUAAAUUGAAUCACAAGGCAUUUAUUUAAAAAUACUUACAAAUUAUUUUUAGAUUGUAAGUUGUAUUUCUACCUUUAAUCUAUCAAUACCUUCAGGUUUUAUUGAACUGCCUUAAUUUGUAGGUAACCCAGUAAAAUUAACUAUGAGUUCUUUAGAUUGUUUAUUGAUAGAAAUUUAAAGUGACAUACCAAUUAUCUAUUUUAGGCUAGUUUUUUCACAAAUUAUUCCAAUAAUUUACAUUUUAAUUAUCUUUCUUGGAUUACUAAUUAAGCAUUUAUGUUAAAAAAGAAAAAAUAACUUAUAACAAUUUCCGUAUUAUGCUCUUUCUACAGCUUGUCUUUUCUUGAUAAUUUUUAUUUAACCUGACUUAGUAGCCUAGUUUAUAGCUUUAAUAUCGUGUAGAACUAUUGGAGAUAGAGUUUACAUUUUGUCAAAUGUUUCAUAUGAGUGCUUUACAGAAUAACAUAUCAAAUAUAUGAUUAUUUUAGUUGUACCGUUACUUAUUAUUUGGGUAUUAAUAAUUCCUUUAGUUUUAAUUAUGUUGCUAGUAAGCAAAAAAAGUAAGCUAGAUGACUCAAAUUCCAAACUGAAUUUGGGUUUUCUUUAUAAAGAAUAUAAAAACAGUGCUUAUUUUUGGGAAUUCAUAAAAAUGACUGAAAAACUUUCAAUAAUUCUGGUUUUAAAUUUUUUCUCUUAAACGAUUACAGUUAAAGGAAUAUUAAUUUUUAUAAUAAUUUCACUUUACGGAAUUUCAACAUCAAUAGUAAAACCCUUUAAAUAAGUAAACAUCAACCAAAUCGAUAUAUAAUCAACAAAUGUUUGCUCUAUUACAAUAUUGCUUGCUAUUUUUAUGAAUAGAAAUCCAUUUUCAUAUUUUUAUUAUCCUUCAUUUGGAAUAUUGGUGUUGAUUAAUUUUAUAUUUAUUAUAUUUUUACUGAAAUUGAUCAUGAUUAGCUACCUAGAUUUUAUAAAAUUUUAAAUUUAAACUUUAGCUUCAAAAUACUCUGAUAAGUUUCAUUUCUUAAAAAAAUUAUAAAGAGAUUCGUAAGGUACAAAAAAACUAAACCCUGAUUUAAAACUAAAAAUAUAAAGAGCCUUUUAAAAUUAUUUGAAUAUGAAUCAAACUUAAAAGAAAUAGAUUUUCAUAAAUAUCUUUGAAUAGUAGCUAAGUAAAAUAUUUUUUUUUCCACUAAAUUGUUAUUUAUUAGUUUCUUUUAUAGACUUUAAAUGUAAGAGUCCUGAGCUAAGACUUUAAUAGCAAAAUACUAUAUAAAGCCCUAAUAUAUUAAGUAUGUAAAACUAGAGUAUAGAAUAUGAGAGAAAUUCAUUAUUUUUGGUAAGAGUCACUAAUUUAGAUUUAGCUUUUAAUACAAUCAAAACAAAUAAUUACUAGAAUUUAAAAGGUAAAUAAAUAAAAUUAAUUUAAAAAUUUAUUUUAAACUAUUAAUUUCUUAUUCAUUCUUUAAAUUAUUUUUUAAUAAAUAGGUAUUAAAGGCCUUUAACAAUAAAAUUGAUAUAAAUAUAAAAAAAUUAUUUUCUAUUCAUUUGA